GCUACCUUCUUGAAAAAAGAUAAAGAAGAUCCUGUUCCCAGUGCUGUGCAUUGCAUGCCGCCUCCAGGGCGGUGUGUGUGCACAUGCCCGUGGUGCUACUAAUUGGAUCCAAAUGUUUAUCUUCCACAAAAGGGUUCGAAAAGAAAAAAUGUCAAACAGGCCGAGGUGAGAUGCAUGAAAAAAAUAAGACUUUGUAUUGUUAGAAAAACUAGUACGUAAGAGACUGAUAAGUGAUAACUUAGACAGGGUUUAGGGUUCGACGUGUGCUCCCGUCUGGCGCGUGAAGUUAUUACAUUGGCCGGUAUAAGACUAUCGGUGGGUCUGCCAGCGUUGGGCUGAUUUCCCCGUCCCCCUUAAGCAUGUCGAUAAGCCCGGGGUUUGUAUGAUACGUGGGCGGGGUGCAGGUUCACCGUUAGCCGCCUCUACUAAAAUCUAGUAAGCGUGGUCAAGUCUAGCUCAUGAAAACACUCGACGGAGCUCUUACAACCCCGAGUCCGCCCCACUCCAUUGCUCCAUCCAUCCGAUACUAAUCCAAUUCAAUCAAUCCAAUUGGUUUAUAUAUUAUAUAUAAUGCGUUAGGUUACCCCAGGCGCAGGGGUGCUGUAGAGUUAGUCAUGCCAUAGAGUCAAGUUCAUGUUUCAUAGAAGGAAAACGAAGACGGAUAGUGUAACACUAACAAGAUCGGCCGAGGACGUGUGGAGAAGAACAAAAGUGGAACUAUAAGCGUAAGUGCGCAGAAGAGCCCCAAGCAGCGAAAGACUACCAACCAAGGCUAUUAUGAGACCGAGAUAGAGGACGGGGGAGGAGGAUAAUCGAAGGGGACUGCCUCGAAUAGAAUUACACUAUCAAGCGCGCAGAGGAUCUUCCCUGCGACACUGCGCCACCAGAUCUCGAUGGGUCGCCGACUCUUCACUGACCGCCGCCAAGGAGUUGCCACCUUUGGAGUGGCAUUCCUGUUGGGUCGUUUUUUGAUUUGCGUGCCUGAGUCCGUGCCGGCCAACCGACGGGCACGCACUACCAUGCCACAGGCGCGCAGGAGUGGCAUCGGUUACGGUGUGCAUGUUCGUGAGGUGGUGCCCAAGUCACAAGCCGCGCACAUCGCGCGGGUGCCCUGCUGCCAUAGAUACAAGGCGCCCAGCCACUGGGGCGCAGAGGCGCAGGGAGCGUUGCCCCCGGGGAAGGACGCGACGCGACUGAUGCCCCACCGAGCGGGCGGCACAGCCGCGCCGUCCCCCUGUUCCCUGCCGCCGCCCGCGACAAUGCGCCCGAAAGUCAUAGCGCUGCGGGGCAGCUCUAGCUGCUUGAAAAGAUUAACAGACCCG